GGGAGAGCUGCGGGAAGCGCUCCCGCAGCCGGAGCGGCCCGCCGGAGAGCGCAGAAAUGUCUCACUUUGAAAAUAAAGGGCUGAUACUGGGCAUUAUGGCAGGGACUGCUGGAAUAAGCCUGGUCCUGGUUUGGUACCACAAGACCCGAAAACCCAGUGCAGCCAUGAACAUGCCUGCGUUCACAGAUGUAGGUAACAAGCUUAAUUCUGUGGGUUUGGAACAUGAAGCUCAUAACGAACAAGGAGCAGUCAUGGUUUUACAUGGAAGGCAACUACAGAUACUUGAAAAACUGAACGGUUUGCUAGUAAGUGUGGAUGAACUGAAGAGAGAGGUGAAAUUUCUGAAAGAAGCUAUUCCAAAGCUGGAAGACCUUGUUCGAGAUGAGCUCCAAGGGAGAGGGGAUGCACAGAGAGCGAGCCCAUCACACAGAGCAACAAGGCGGAGGAAAGCGGAGGCAGCACCUGGUGCAGCAGAAACUACCAGCUCUGAGGAGGCAGAAAGUGAAGGAGGUUACCUUACAGCUCAUACUGAUACUGAAGGAGACUCUGAGGAAGAGAAGGGGUGUAAGAAGUCACCUGAUACCACUGGGCAGCCAGAAGAUGAAUUAUUUAAUCUUCUACAGGAGGUGGACAGUUUGCACAAGGGUUCAGAGGAUGAUAAGAAAGAGAGCUUCAAACUGCUACUUGAGAAAGAAGCCAAGUAUGAAAACUGUGUGGGCUUUCUUUGGAGAUUUGCACGUGCUUAUGGAGAUAUGUUUGAGAUGGCUACUGAUGCUGAGGAAAAGAAAAGAUAUGUUUCUGAUGGAAAGGCUAAAGCUGAAAAGGCUGUCCAGUUGGAUGCCAUGAGUGCUGAGAGUCACCAGUGGUUUGCAAUUAUGUGUGGCUAUAUGUCUCAGUUUGACAGUGUACAAAACAAAAUCAGGAAUGGUUAUCUCUUUAAGGAGCAUCUAGAUAAAGCAAUUGAACUUAAGCCUCAAGAUCCUCUUUUAUAUUACCUAAAUGGAAGAUGGUGCUAUUCAGUAGCUCAAUUGUCUUGGCUUGAAAAGAAAGUAGCUACUGCUCUCUUUGGGGCUCCUCCAACUUCAACGGUAGAAGAAGCAUUGCAGAAUUUUCUUAAGGCAGAAGAAAUGCAUCCAGGGUAUUCCAAAUGCAAUUAUGUGUAUUUGGCAAAGUGCUAUAAAGAUCUUGGCCAGAAAACCAGUGCACUGAAGUACUGUGAAUCUGCACUGUCAGUUCUCCCAGUUACUAAUGAGUAUUUUCUUUCAGAAUUGCCUGUGACAUUAUCUGGGAAAGAAGUACCGGACAGAGAGGCCCAGAAAGACUUAGAGGAUUUACUUCUCACACUGAAGCUGUGAUACUGCGCACUUUUUAACUCUUCAUGCUGUGAUAAAACUGAGAGUCUGUAGUGAUUGUGUAUGGCGGGUGAAUUCCAGCUGAGUCAAUGGGAAUGGCCUCUUCAAACAUCUGGCAAUUAUGUCAUGAAAAUGAUGCAUUCAUUUCUGAUUGAUUAUUUAUAAUCCUAUAUUGAAGAUUAGUUUUAGAUUGCUGACACUGUGAGUUCAAUUCUCUGAACAAUAAGUCCACUGCUGGCAAUGGACAUAAUGGGGAUUAGAAAACAAAAUGCAUAAAUCUUAUUCUGAAAGAUUAUUCAACUGAUGUGUGAUGCCAGCAUAAAACUGCGUGCAGCAAAGUCAAAAGCAAAAAUGUUUCUAUAGCAAAUUAUAUUUAUAUCAGUUAAUAUAUACACAGGUACGUACAAAAGGAAAUCAUGAAUGUUUAUGUUUACACACUACUGUUGAAUAAUUGGAAUCUUGCUAAAGAGAAAGCUGUUGCUUCCACAAAACUCUUUCUACUUUAAACCUCCUGCUGGUUUUACAUAGAAAUGUGAAAACUUUAUAAAUUAAAUAUUAAAGCCAUAUUUUAUUUGUAACAUCAGUGGGUGCAAUAUUAAAAAUCAGACUGGUGAAAUUCAGUGUUUUAGAUGAAUCUACCACAGCUGUGAUAUUUAAUGGCUUUAUUACAAGAUCUCCGUCAUGUUUGUGAAUCCUGGAUCUUUCUGAUUGAACAGCUGCCAAGUGUGGUGGUGUUAGUAUAUUCCCUGAAAAGCAAGUUUAGCGUGUGACUGCCAUUUACCUUAUAUCAUCUGUGUAACAUAACCUGUACAUAAGAAUACAUACUUUGAGCAUGUAGGACAACAGUGUUUUCAAUAAAAUGUAUUGAGCAGGGAGAUAAUUUUGUUCACAAAUGGACUGAUCCAGAAUUCACCCAACUGUGAAGAAAAAUAAAGACCAGCUUUCAUUGGCUUUCAAUUCAGAGUCUUAGACUAGAUGUGGGAAGUAUAUCUGGAAGAAGUAUUCCUAUUAAAGGAAAUGAAGGAAAUAAAAUUGAAGAAGGACAGCUUCACAAUCCCUUGACUUCUUUGAUGUGUAAGAUAACAUGGGCUAUCUUAUGGCUAAGACAAGGAGGACUGAUAAAGCACCAAUAUACAGAACUAAUAAUUGGGCAGUUAGUUUAGGACAGUGACGUUACCUUAUAGUGGUGUCUGCAAAGAUCUAAAAAUUAGGCAAGAGUGAAGAAAUAUAUGUAUAUACAUAUGACGGAAGCAUCUCAUAGCUCAUAGAGUGAGCUCUAACUUCUAACAACAGGGCGAUAGGUGCAGUAGACUGGAAGAAGACAAACUAGACAAAGUUGUAUUGAAUUUAGCCUGAAUCCUUGACUCCUUAUGAAGCACAGAGGUUUUGCAAGGUUUUCCUAAAAUAGGGCCAUCCUUUUAAAGACGUUUCAAUUAAAACUACAUUUUCCAAAACAGAGGACUUACUGUGGCAACUCAGAACCAAUUCUGAAAGUUUGGAACUGGUUCUGAGUUGUCACUGUCACCUUCAUGGGUUUUGUUAUCCUGAAGAUCUUCACAAAUGAACAUAAUCAUUUUAGUUAUUUUUAUUGUUCCUUACAGGGGAAACUGUUUGCUGUACUACUUUUUCAAUCCUAGAGUUCUUUGUUUUUUUCACACAAUUUCAGACUCUAUCAAAUAGUUCCUUCUGUGUCUUAAUAAAUGACGUGUGAAAAGAGAAGCUGCAAAUGCGGUAUAUCUGGAUUUUGGCAAGGGGCUCUUGAUAAAUUCUGUAUUUUACAUUUUCACAGCCAAAGCAGGAAGUGGAUCUAAGUGGAUCUAUUACAGCGAUCGGUGUUUAGAGCUGUUAGUCAGUCACCUAUGAAGAUGCAGUAAAUUGGGCCUUUACUUAUAUAAUUUGAUAUUAUAAAUAUAAAAAUAGAUUUGAUUAUGCAAUAAAUGCCUCCUUUACGAGCAAUAAUUACUGAUUAAGCACAAAAAUGUGUUGAAGGAAUAGAUUAGUAGUAGAAGUUACUUAAAUUAAUUGGAAAAAUUAGGUGAUAUAAAUAGGAGUCAUUUCACUCAUGAGAAGGUCUGCGUUGAUAGAGAAGAUCUGAUAAGUGAUAGUAGUUCUGUGGAAGUGGAUUCCAGUGUGGAAGUACAGAUUCCAGUGAGCGGCAAGCUCAGGGGUCAGUAAUGUCAUGUUUUGAUGGAAAAACAGAUUGCAUUCUAGAGUGAAUAAAUAAGAGUUCCCCAUUAAAUGAACAUGAAGUAACCUUUUCCUCUAUUAAGACCUAAUGAGGUCAGAGAUGGAAUACUAUGUGAUUUUAUGCAUCACGCUUCAGGGAGGCUAGAGGCUACUUGGAAAAAAAUCCAGUGGAGAUAGACAAGAAAGAUGAGAGGGUUAGACAACAUCGUCUUAUGUGUGAGAAAUGAAAGAAUUUGUUUUGUUUAGUCUGCAGGAGGGAUGACCAAAGGAGUAUUCAAAUUUAUAAAAAGCAAUUGAAGAAAAGGCAGUAAAAAAAAAACAAACACCGCCACCAGAAAAACACAAAACUUGUACUCCAAAUACCCUGUUCGUAGGACAAAACAGAUUAGACAUUAGGAGAAAAAAAAAUCCUGAUGGAAACUUUGCAAAGCCUUGCAAUAUGUUUCCAGAGAACGUUUUAAAAUCAUUUACACAGUGGGAUUGCAGAUGCACACUGGCUCUGAAUUUGGGCCCAGGCUACCUAUGAAUGUUUGCCAUUAAAUUUCACAUGUGAAGAUAUGCAUUAUAGCUGCCUUCAACCAUUUAUUGUACCUGUGGUUUUAUUCCAUGUUAUUUUUAAUGAAAAUUAUGAUUUAUAAAAUAAAUUACUUAUCUUUCUAUGCAGCCUUCUAACCUACAAA